UCUGUCACUGUGAAAUCCGCGGACGGUUUCUUUGAACAUCUCAUCAUCAGAGGAUGUACGGUUGUUUUUUUCAACGAGUACAACGCUAAAAAAAUACAGUAUUUAAAGUUUUAAUCAUUAUGGCGACCAAAAGGACGCUCCUCGAUGCGUGGUUGCGAGGAUCCAAGAAAUUGGCAGUUUGUCAGGGUGAGCAGCCACCGGAUAUAUCCAAAAACGUCGGCACGGCAGCAGCGAACCGUAUCGUACCAAGUGUCACCCAGAAUUUACAAAAAUCUGCGCUCGAUGAUGGUGGAAGCACGGUCGGAUUGUCUCCUCACCGCGGAGCGGAUUGCCACAACACAGAUGAAGCGGGCCACCAGCCUCUGCCUGGAUUCCACCCAGCGAAGAACUACGAAUUCCCGAAGAACAACACCGACAGAUCAUGCCAAUACUCGUGGUUCGAAAGGUUUUCCUGGCUUCAGUACAUCGAAGACCGCGAUGUUGUUGUUUGCCAGAAAUGCAUCCAGGCAUUUAGAGAGAAGGGAGACGAUUCUGCAGUCAUUGAACCCAGUUUCAUAAAAACUGGAUUUUCAAACUGGAGGAAGGCGCUCGAAAGAUUCCGCGGCCACGAAAAGAGUCGCUACCACGUCGAAUCCGUUGCGUAUCUCGAGACGAAAAAGAAAGGCUUGGUCGUUAUUGGACUCCUCACCAAGCACGCAAGCAGGCAGCAAGAGGAAGCACGAGCUGCGCUGCGCGUGAUCAUCAGUUCGGUGCGAUACCUUUGCACCACUGGCCAGGCUUUGCAAGGGCGCACCAAACAAGAAGGUAACUUGAUUGAGCUCCUGGAAGAACGAUCAGACGAUAUACCUGCGCUAAAGAAGUGGCUGACUCGAAGAGACAAAUGGCUAAGUGGGGAAAUCCAAAAUGAGAUGAUUGAAAUCAUGGCGCAAAUGCUCCAGCAUGACCUCAGCACUGCGAUAAAGACGAGUCUCUUUUUCGGAAUCAUUGCUGAUGGAACGACCGACGUGACGGGAGACGAGCAGUUCACGCUAUGUUUGCGUUGGGUGGAAAGAGGGUCAAUGAAAGUGCACGAAGAUUUCAUCGGCGUAUACAAUCCACCCGACACAAAGUCGGAAACACUUUUCAGUGCCGUGAAAGACAUGAUUGUACGUCUGGGCUUUAGCUUCGACAGACUGCGAGGAAUGUGCUUUGAUGGAGCUGCAAACAUGUCAGGUCGAUUUUCUGGAGUGCAAAAAAGGAUUGCUGAUGUCCAGCCAAAGUCAGUGUACAUUCAUUGCAGCAACCACUCCCUCGAUCUGGCCCUGCAAGAAGUCGGCCGUGGCAAUGAAUUGGUUGCCGAUGCCCUAACAACUGUGAAAGACGUUUCAAAUAUCAUCCUGGAUUCAGCAAAGAGGAAAAGUGUUUACAGCAACAUCGUUCUUCCUUCCGUGGGGGAAAAUUCGGAUCGUGGUCCACCGCCAGCCACCCUGCUUUCUUUGUGUCCGACGCGAUGGGUGGUUCGGGUGAAAUCUGUGCAAAGAUUCCUCGAAAAUUACGAACGAGUUCGAGCAACACUUUGGGAAAUCCUCCAAACGCCAGGUUCAGUUCGAGAUGACCGCAAAGCGGCUAUGAGAGGAUAUGAGAAGAUUCUGGGCAAGCUAGAAACAGUCUUUGGAUUAAAGUGGCGAUCGCAGUUUUCGGGCCAUGUGAAGAACUCGCAAGGGACACUGCAAAGCGUUCAUUACAGCGCCACUGGGGCCAGACAAGCUGCGAAGAUCCUUACACAGACCUUAACACAACUAAGAUCGGAUGUCAGUUUCGAAAGCAUCUGGGAGGAGUCGAAGGACGCGGCGGAGAAGUUGGGCUUGAAACAACCGUCUGCCAAACCACCGAGGCCUGCAAAACCACCGGCACGAUUCGAACAAACCAGCACCCCAGCAAGACCUGCAGUUCUUGAUGCGAAGACAAGGUUGAGAAAGGAGUAUUUUGCGGCGAUCGACUGCGUCACAAGCGAAAUCAGCAGAAGGUUUGACCAGCCCGGCAUGGAGAGACUAGCGACGCUAGAGAACGUUCUGAUCCACGCAGCAGCUGGACAGCGUUUCAGCGCGGAGCGUCUGAGAGACGAACUCGGCUCUCACGCCCCUGACUUUGAGCUAGGAAGGCUUGGCGCACAGCUCAUGCUCCUUCCGACCAUCUCAGCUGCACCAAUGAAAAAAGUUGAAGAUGUGGUACAAGCCCUAAAUGACAAUUCUCAGACGGUGCGCAACCUCCUUGACCAGGUAGUAGCCCUGGUAGAACUUUUAUUGACCGUGCCUGCGUCGGCGGCUACAGGAGAACGCUCUUUCAGUGCCCUAAAGAGAGUCCAAACGUGCCUGCGAAAUCGGAUGACACAGAAACGUCUCGGCCAGCUGCUUCUGCUUCAUGUCCAUAAGGAGAAGACCAGGCAGCUUGACUUGAACGCUGUGAUGGGAGAAUUCGUCUCCAGAACCGCUGAGCGGUCAGCUACUUUCGGCGUGAUUGCGCAACUUGCGUCAUGA